UUUGAUGAAACUUUGAAUCUAUUGAUCUUUUUAUUUAAAAGUGUUUUACGCUAACACCCGUGAGGUUUUUCGUGUUUAGAGUGAUUUUUGUUGAAAUUGAACCGAAACAAACCAUUCAUUCUAAACAAAGUGAUUUUUGUUUAAAUUCAGACCGUGUCACCUUUAUUCAUGACGCAAUCCAAACCGUCAUCAAUUAACAAAAAUAAAUAAACAAAGAAGCACCGAACAGACUUGAGAAGACGCCCAAACGAAUGAAGUCCGAAUUAAACCCAGCAGAAACAAAGAAAGAAAGUGAGAACAGAGCAGAGACGAAGAUGGAAGUAGAUGGAGAUGACAAGAGAGACCCCCCCGUGGGCUCUCCAACCAAUUCUCAGAAAACUGUUUCUGAUGACGAUGAAAUAGACUACUCCGUCAAACCCGAGUUCUAUGAUUCAGAUAUUGAUGACAAAGAUGAGUUGUGGGUUCAAACGAAAAGGAAAGGUCGUACUUCUGAUGCUGUGCUUAGUUGUCCAUCUUGUUUCACCACACUAUGCCUGGAGUGUCAAAGGCAUGAAAAGUAUGUGACCCAAUACAGAGCAGUGUUUGUUGUUAACUGCAAGACUGGAAGUGAUCAAGUGUUUCAUCAAAAAGAAGGAAGACCUAGAAAGGGCAAAGUAGGGAGAGAAUCUUCUGGGAGCAAAGCAAUUCCUGCAGGUAACCAAACCUUCAAGCAAGUCUGCUGCUUACUUUGCUCAACAGAGGUAGGUGUAAUUGAUGAAGAAGAAGUCUAUCAUUUCUUCAAUGUUCUUCCCAGCGAGUCUUGACCUGCUAAGUUUCCUUAAUCAAUGCAUUGUACGUUUUCUUUUCUCGUUACAUUAGAAUGGAUCAAACACUUGACCUAUCCUAGUUUUAACCUCUAUCUACCCUCCCGUGCCACUUGAGGUAACCGCAAAAGCUUAUGCAGUGUAGGUUUUAAUUAAACGAAUUGUGCUUCUGCUUA